AUGCCCGCAACCCUUUCUGCCGACGCGGCGCUGCCGUCGACCAGAGCUCCUUCACCACUCGCCGAAGGGAAAGGGUAUCGCUCUCUGCAUGGCGACUUUAACUACUACCCCACAAGCGUACACAAGCGCCGACAGCUGCGUGAGGCGAGCGGCGGGGAAGGUAUAGUGACAACCAACCGCGUUGCAGAAGUGAGUCCGUCUCCUUCUACUCGUCUGGUCAGAAGGGCAGACACCUCUCCUAGCCCUUCCGGUCUGAGCCGUAGUCCAUCGCAAGGGACAUUGGAUAUUGGCUUGCUUCCGCGGCACUCUUCCUCACAGCCGCUGGCACCCACGCCACAUGAGGACAAUGUUGCUCUCAAGCCCGCGUCUGCAUCGCUGUGCUUCGCAAAGGGUGGUGCGCCGUUGCUUCAUCGAUACCGCACCUCCUGUGCGGACGUUUCACCACGGACACUAUACCGGAGGACAUCGUUUCCGUCGAAAGUCAGCACUUCUAUCCCUGUCGCGGCUGACGGGACCACGAAACGGCCAAACAACAUCCGACGCAGCAUUCUUAACACACGCUCAGUGGCACCCUCAGAGCCUUGCACCGUACUGGCGUCACCCAAAGAUGAUUCAGCCGCACAGGAAGCGAUGUUGCAAGAGUCGGGUGCUACCCCACUGCAGGCCCAGUUACCUCCGUCAUCAACUGCUUUCCGCAAGAGAGUCGACAACCUCGAUGGGAAGGUACCACUGACGAGUAUUCGUCUAGUCGAUGCUGCACCUGCGUCACCAUCGAGCUUAAAGAAAAGCGCCGCAGCCCCAGCAGCGCCUGCCGCGGCAUCAGGGCACACGAGAGGCACGUCGAAUGUGAAAAGCGUACAUGUGGAAGACGAGAUCCGUGGGAAAGGAGAGCGACAGGAUAUCGGCACUGCGUCGUUCUCUGCGCAAACUAAUCCCGACUCGCUGCUGUCGAGGGGCGUGACUACUGCACGGCACUGCAAUGAUAGAGCCUGCAUGCACAGCGAGCAAUCUAUCUGUGAGUUUGUCCACAUGCAGAGAGAGCUGCGCCGCUGCUACGCCACGAUGGAAAACUACGAAGUCGUAGUUGCGCAGCUCCGUGAUGACUGCGCUUUAGCCAGAGCACAGCUUUGUCUAUCUCGGCAGGAGUACGCGCAGCCCAAGAAGGAAGUGGAGGCGCAAGUGCAGGCGGAGGCCACCGAGCAGACGAAUGGGCUACCUUUGGCGCUACAACAAUUGGAGGCGAAUGAUGCAUCGCAUGAGAAUAUUUCUGCGGGGCCAGUCCACGACGCAAAGGACGCUGCAGAAGAAUAUCUUAGAGGGACGUGGAAGACCACAGUAGAUGAGCUGGGUCGAGCUUUGCGGGAGGAGCAGUCGGCUCAUGCUGAGAGUCUCGCGCGGCUCAAGGAGGCGUUGACGUCGAAAGCUCGAUGGAAAUCGCGCGCCGUCGAAUUGUUCAAGUGGAGAGAGCAGGUGUGUCGAGAGGUGUACACGUCCUCAGCACCCCUCUCCUCCUCGUUUGCUGCAGGUACAGGCGCUAUCCGCACAUCUGGGGCACCACCAGGCGUAUCCCCGAUCAGAAACUGCGCAAGCGACUCCCAGGCUAAGCCUAGCACAGGACACUCGGCCUCUAAUGCGUCAUCGCCGUUCCAACCGCCUCAUCACUCCCCGUCGCCCCACAAAUUACUUCAGUGUGUCUCUUUUCCGUCUGAGGCCAGAAAGCUGCGCAGCUCUAUGGCGUCAGAGGUCAGCACUGCUUCGGCAGCACCGCCCGACGAGGGGGGCCCCGGUGAUCAUGUGGCGCACGAGAGCGAGAAGGACAGCAACAGUACGCCUGGCGUGGAUAUGAGUUGCCAAAGCGACUCGACGACGGGGAGCAUUUUAUCUGCAAGCGCCAGCCUAGCUGGGCGCAUUACGAAGGCGUUGGGAAGUGGUGUCGUUGUGGUGUGGCCGCCCCUCACGGAGGAGCAAGCGAGGGGCACUGGGAAAUCUGCCGAGUUGUCUCGAACGCAGUCAUCGACAACAGCCGACGCUAUGGAGGCCAGACCCUCGGAACUUUGUGAUGACGCUGGAGAACAGGGGCUGCAGCCUUCGCUCCCAAUCAACCCAAUCUCCUCUAGCGCGCUACCGAGUAGUGCAGGCUGCUGCGCCAUGAGUACUGUAGAAAGUAAUGUGAAGGAGGGUUGUCGAGCAUCAGCCACAGGUGCUGAGAAGGCCAUGGUGGCCGCUGCGCCGCUGCGAGCCAUCCCGGAUCUGUUUGCCUUUCCAAGCCCGCCGGCAUGUGGUGGUGUGGGGUGUGCUAUUCAUCGCUCUUUGCCAAGGUCAAAUCCACUGCCCACUUCGUGCGAUGUUUCUGCCACGAUGGCGCCUGUCUCUGCGGAGCGGAAGUGCAAAGAGCUUCUUCGCGCUUUGCUCGACAAGGAGCAUCAGCUUUCGCUGAUUGCAGAAGAGCGAACCAAGUACAAAAGGCUCUACGAAGCUACGCGAAGUUGA